AUGAUCUGGUCAAGGCUCCGCGCCUAUGCGCACGACACGCAGCACGAGAAGAUCAUCCGUGCCCUGGCGCUGGCGAUGAUGAUGUUCCGGAAAGAGGAGGAAGCAGAACCCUUGAUCCAGGAGAUGCUCUUGGACAAGGACGCGAUUUUGCGCUACGGCGGCUGCUUCGCGAUUGCGCUUGCCUACGUUGGCACCUCGCAGAACGCUGCCAUCCGCAAGCUUCUCCACAUCUCGGUGUCGGACGUCUCGGACGACGUUCGCCGCGCGGCCGUGAUGGCGCUGGGCUUCGUGAUGUGCAACGUGCCGGAGCAGCUGCCAGGUGUGGUCAAGCUCCUGGCAGAGAGCUACAACCCCCACGUGCGCUACGCCGCCGCCAUGGCCCUGGGCAUCGCUUGCGCGGGCACCGCGCUGCUCGAGGCGCACAACCUUCUGCAGCCACUGAUGUCAGACCCCUCGGACUUCGUGAGGCAAGGAGCUAUCAUCGCAAUGGGUCUACUUUACAUGCAGACAUCCCCUGGGAAGACCGAGCGCGUGAAGGAGUUCCGUGAGAAGCUCCAAAAAGUCAUCGGCGACAAGCACGAGGAUGUCAUGACUCGCUUCGGUGCCAUCCUGGCUCAUGGCAUCAUGGACGCCGGGGGCCGGAACUCCUGCGCCUCGCUCUUCUCGAAGUCGGGAGUCCUGCGCCGCGGUGCGGCCAUCGGCUUUUGCCUUUUCACCCAGAUGUGGUACUGGUUUCCCUUGAUCCACAUGUUCUCGCUGACUCUGACGCCAACCGCCCUGAUUGGCAUUACGGACAAGCUGAAGAUUCCCAAGAACUUCUCCGUUAAGAGUGGAGCGAGGCCGUCGCUGUUUGCGUACCCAGAGCCCCUGCAGCCUCCCAAGAAGGAGGAGACGGCGAAGGCAGCCACCGCGGUUCUCUCCACGGCGGCCAAAGCCAAGCAGCUCAAAGAGAAGAAGGAGAAGGAGGCGAACGAGCUCAAGAAGGCUCCUUCCAAUGCAGAUGUCGACAUGGACGACAAGGCCUCCAUCGGCGGCUCCGUGGCGGAAGGGGCGGCCUCCUCUUUCCGCGGGGCGGACAUCGUCUCCGUUGCCGCGACGCCAGGCACCACGGUGGUCGGCUCCGCAGCUACCGAAUCUGUGGCUGCGCAGAGCGACCUGGGAAGCGAGAUGAUGGAGGUGGAUGAUCAGCAGGCCCCGCCUGCAGGCGACAAGGCUGCUCCCAAGGAAGCGGCCAAAGCUGAGGAGGCCAGGGGCGAGGCCAAAGGCGAUGCCAAGGGCGAGGCCGCCGAGAAGAAGGAGGAGAAGAAGGAGCCCGAGGAGAAGAAGCCGGAACCCGAGCCGACGGAGGAGAUCCUGAGCAACCCCUGCCGCGUUCUCAAGGGCCAGGUCCAGUACAUCUCUUUCCCGAAGGAGGUCGCUGGGACGGCCGCGCGGUACAAGCGCGGAGCCCGGAGUCUCUCAGACCAGGCCACUCCGGAACUUUUCUUGGAGAGCGAGAAGAGGGAGGAGGAUGAGGAUCAGAAGGACCCUUUGGCAGAACCUCGUGGUGAGAUGAGCAUGGAGCGCCCCUCGCUGGCGCAGAAGGAGCCCGUUCGAGUACUGCUAUAUCCCAGCAUCGCCGUGUAUAGACCUAGCGCUGGUGCCGCAAAAAUCGCCAUCAUUCCAGUCGAUAUUCAGGCGCUGACGCGCGAAAUCACUUUGUGGGCAUGGCUGCACCCUUCCAUGAAGGCGCCUGACGGCUUCGUCUUUGACUCGAAGGCCAAUCCCUUCAAAAUACCUGCGACGAUGAACGUCGUGGACCUCAUGGACGAAAUGGAGCAGGCGUACGAAUCGGCCAGCAACGAGAAGCUGGAGCUUCAGAUCAACGUUUUGUGGAACACCAAGGACCCUAAGAAGGCCUUGAACCCCACGGAGAAGGUCCAUAUGCACUUCGCCGACGGCGAGACCUUUGGCGUCUACGGCGAGAUUCUGCCAGCUCAGACCGCAAGGCCUGAGAAGCCUGAGGAGGAGAAGAUCCCAGUGACCAUCCUCACAGGCUUCCUUGGCGCUGGCAAGACCACGAUGCUCAACUACAUCCUUCAGGAGCAGAGGGAGAAGAAGAUCGCCAUCAUCGAGAAUGAGUUUGGCGAGGUGGAAAUCGACGGCUCUCUGCUGACUCAGCAGAAGCUGGCCAUGGCGGAGAAGAUCGUGGUCAUGGACAAUGGCUGCAUGUGCUGCACCAUCCGCGGAGACCUUCUCGGCGGGUGCGCUGUUCUCCUCUGGGCGAAUUGCGACAAGAAUCUGCAAAACAAAGUGCGUGUCGAGUUCUCAAUGAAGGACGUCUCGGUUGCGUCGACUCCGUCCACCCGCGUCCCGGAGUCUGACGGAGGAAUCAGCUUCAACUCGGGAUGGCACACGACGUCGUCGCCAUGCUUGGAAGAGGCUGGCGAUCCGAGCGAGAUUGCGAACGCAAUGGCCCUGCUUGGACGGACGAGGCGCAGCUUCCUAGAGAGGAAUCCGCAAGCAGGCCCUCAAGGGCCAGAGAUGGAGUGGGCCAACAUGGCGACGGCCAGGCGGCUCUGGCGUGCCUGCGAAGGAAAUCAGCGAAGGGCUGACAAGGCUUUCUUGCAGGCGAUGGAAAUUCGACUACGAGAUCGGCAGCUGUACACCACCCUCCGCUUCCAGAAAUGCUGCGACAUGCGGAUCAUCGGCUACGACGAUGAGAAGCGGCCAGUGGUGUACUUUUGCGCGGCGAGCCAAAGUGAAGGACUGGGGUCCAUGAAAGAUCAGUUCAUUGCCUCGUUGGAGGCCGCCAGCAGGAUGUCCUCCAAUUGCGCGGACGGCCAGCUGGUGCUGAUUGUGGACAUGCACGGGCUGCAGACGCGGCUGAACGCUGACUUUUCGGCCAUCAACGAUCUUGCGGAGACGCUGGGCUGUGUUUUUGCCGAGCGGAUGCGGCGAAUCAUCAUCGUCGACUUCUCCAGCGCCGCCCAGACGCUCUGGUGGAUCAUAAAGCCAUUCUUGAGCCAAGUGACACAGCGCAAGUUCAGCUUCGUUUGCGCUGAGAAGGCCAAGGACCUGUGCCGGAAUGAGCUGGAUCAGGCCACGGCAAAGGCGACCAUCGAGUCGUUCGAGGUGAACCGCGAGGAUGUUGCCAAGCAGACCAGGGAGAUGCACAAUGAGCGCACAACCGUGCCAUUUUUGAGCACCGACCGCUGA